UCCGUUAACAACCGAGCACGGGCGCCCCUGUCGCGACUUCAGCUGCCACCGGCCAGUUGAAGGAGCGCGCGUGCUACCGAGAGUCUUUGACUGGCGCGAAGAACGGAAGGUUCGCCCUCACGUGCUGCUCAGCCGGAAUGGGAUAUCAUCUCGCCGAUAACAAAAGAGGAAAUUAAGAUAGCACACCGUCACAAACGGACCGACUUUUGAACAGAAAUGCAAUUCCUCCGAUAUUCCUAACGUGGAGAUAUAGGAAAUAGGUUAGACUAUGCGCCCGCCGCCCGGGUUCACUCCUCUUGGCAAAAUGAAACGUUUUUUUCGGAAACUGGCCGUGGCUGUGGUGGUGCUGGUGUGGUUGGGAGCGCUGGCUUAUCUGUUGGUGUUGAGCCGAAAGAAACUGCCGGAGCACGGUACCGUAUUCGGAGGUGAACCACACCGCAUCCAGAUGUCGGACGCGGAGUGGGAGGAGCUCCUGGAGGGCUUUGACGAGCGGGUCUACCUGAGUGCGAGGCGCUGGCGUCCGGGGGACGACCCCUACGCCCUCUACGCCUUCAACCAGCGGGAGAGCGAGAGGAUCCCCAGCAACAGAGCCCUGAGGGACACCCGGAACUACAGAUGCACUGCCCUCCACUAUGACCCAGAUCUUCCUCCUACCUCCAUCAUCAUCACCUUUCACAACGAGGCCAGGUCAACGCUGCUGCGCACCAUACGCAGUGUGUUGAACAGGACUCCAGUCCACCUGAUUCAUGAAAUUAUUCUGGUGGACGACUUCAGCGAUGACGAGAAAGACUGUCAGCUGCUCACCAAACUGCCCAAAGUCAAGUGUCUGCGCAAUGCCAAGCGAGAAGGUCUGAUCCGGUCCCGGGUGCGGGGGGCUGACUCCUCCAGGGCCGGGGUCCUCACCUUCCUGGACAGCCACUGUGAGGUCAACAAGGACUGGCUGCCCCCUCUACUGCACCGCAUCAAACAGGACCCUACGUGUGUGGUCAGCCCGGUCAUUGACAUCAUCAACAUGGACACGUUUGCCUAUGUGGCGGCCUCUUCUGACCUCCGGGGAGGCUUUGACUGGAGUCUCCACUUUAAAUGGGAGCAGCUGUCUACGGAGCAGCGGGCCGCUAGAGCUGAUCCUACUGAACCAAUCAGGACUCCCAUCAUCGCGGGCGGGCUCUUUGUGAUUGACAGGUCCUGGUUCAAUCACCUUGGGAAAUACGACACAGCCAUGGACAUCUGGGGCGGGGAGAACUUUGAGAUCUCCUUCAGGGUGUGGCAGUGCGGGGGCAGCCUGGAGAUCCUGCCGUGCAGCAGGGUGGGCCACGUCUUCAGGAAGAAACACCCCUACGUGUUCCCCGAGGGGAACGCCAACACGUACAUCAAGAACACGCGGCGUACGGCGGAGGUGUGGCUGGAUGAGUUCCGUCUCUUCUACUACUCGGCGCGUCCCGCAGCGCGGGGGAAGUCCUACGGAGAUGUCCGCGGGCGCGUGGAACUGCGGAAGAAGCUACAGUGUAAAUCAUUCAAAUGGUACCUGGACAACGUGUACCCUGAGCUCAAGGUGCCUGACGACUCGGACUCCAAGUCCGGGGUGGUCCGCCAGAGGCAGAACUGCCUGGAGGCCGGGCGUCUGGAGGGCCAGGACCUGCCCGCGCUGGCCCUGGGGCCCUGCAUCGGCUCCAAGGACGUCCAGGCUCCCCACCAGGAGUGGGUAUACACAGUGGGCCAACAGAUCCGUCAGCAGCAGCUGUGUCUCUCUCUCUCCACAACCUUCCCAGCCUCCCAAGUCAUGCUGCUGCCCUGCAACAUGGCUGACGGCAAGCAGCGAUGGCAGAAGUCCGGCACCCACCUGGAGCACCUGGCCUCCCGGUUCUGCCUGGACUCCGAGAUGGCUCUGGACGGCAUGGACUCCUCCCGCAUGCUGGUCAUCAGCCCCUGCGAACUCAGCGCCUACACACAGAGAUGGGAGGUGCCCUUCUCCUGACCCCCGAGACCUCGGACCUGACCCCGCGCGACCACCCUUUCAGAAGUGACAGGACACAUUGACAUCGUCACACACGGUUCACACACUGUUUGCAUUGUAGGAGUUAUUCAGUGGCACACUCACUCUAACUCACUCUAAAAGUGAUAUCGCAAGUAUCUCGUGCAAACCUGCAUCUAAACAUUUACACACACACACACGCACACACAUGUACACACACACACACACACACACACACACAAACACACAUGAACACACACACCUGCCCAGGUACGACCUACUGCAGCGGAGCUGUCAGGAUGUGGACGACUCCUCUGGUUUAUGCUGCUAUCCGUGCGGAAAACUAUGGGAUGUUCUUUUUUAAUGGUGGAUCUAUUGGACUUGUGGAACCAGCUGUGUUUACACACAAAGAAUGAGUGCUGUUGGCUGCUCUUCCAGGCUUGGGGGUUACAUGUGCUUAUAUAAUAACAAUCCCAUGUUGAUGACGUCAUGAAGAAGCGGGGCAAUGAUACUUUGGAAGAAAUUGUUGUAAAGUGAUGGGGAAAUGUUAUAUUUAUAUUGUUUUAUCCUUUCUGAGGGCUCUAAAACUGCUUAUAUUUUCAUUUUUGCACCUCCCGAUUCUAAUAACUAUAAUUAAUUAGUAUACCCACCUUUUAAAAAGGGAUUAUCAAGUGCGCCUUGAAACCAAAUUCAAGUCGAAUUCACUUCCAAUAAGAACUUUGUUAGGAUUGUCUCAUCUGUCAAAGCCUAAUCCAUGAUAUAUAUAGAUAUAUAUUUGACAAAACAGCCUAAAGAUGGAUACUUUUUUGCUGAAACAGAAUUGUAUCCGUGAGAAUAUGUGAUCUGAAUGCAUUUGACGAGUGAGUCUUUGACUGCAUCUAAGGCAACUUGUGGCCCGGUCAAGGCACAUUUCUCUCAUCAGGAUUCUGUCUGGUGAUCCACAUAUUCUGCAUGAAAUGACUGCACAAUGAGUAGCUGAUUGCGUGUAUUUAUUGAAGGGCAAAUCACAACUUUAGUUGUGUAAGAAAAUACACAGAUCAACCUCAAAAAAACCAGAGUGAGAGAGUGAGAGAGAGCGAGAGAGAGAGCACAACGAAGAAGGGUUAAAAAUAAUACAAGUAAAGCACGCAUGCAGCAUUCUUUACCCUACAGGCAUCUUAGAGGUCAGAGGUCGGUAUAUCGGGGCUGGACUGUUGCUACCCUAAGAGCAACUGAACAACAAUAACCGCGACUUCCUCCCAGUUACAUGGAGAAAACAGUUUCUUGUUGAGAUUCCACCCCAAAACAAAGUGCAUCUUGGUGCAUCUUUAUUUAUGUCUUCUUUUGAGGCUGGGGAGAUAAAACUUAACGCACCUUAAGUUGUCCAAUACCUGGGAAACCUUUUGAAAAAAGUAUAAUUACAAGUCGAUAAAUUACAGGUCCUGUAAUGGGAUGUCUUUCCUCAAAUUUGUUCUGUAAAAACCUCAGAAGAGACGGGACGAUUGAUGCACACCACCUUCACGUGAAGAAGGGAAAAAACAUUUUACGAAUCAUAUCCUAUUUCAAAUUUUCAAAAAGGACAGCCACCACUUUGUGUGUGUGACCAGAGGCCUGUGGACGCAGCGUUCAGGAGUGUCCCCAGGUUGUGGUUAUGGUGGAGAGGCAAACGCAGAUUUUUGUGACCCAUUUUGAUAUCCUGAUGGAGCUUUCUUGAAUAAAGAUUUUGUAAUGGCUGA